AGCAAUUGGAGUCGGAUUUUCAAGUGCCGGUGAAUGUCUGAAGUCACCAUUCAAGAUGGCAUAUUACGAGCAAGACAGGUCAAAGAAGCGCAAGGUUUCGAGGGAUGGCGAAUACGUCGAUACCUCCAAACCCAGCGCAUUCUUCCAGCCCAGCAGCGGUCGUGAAUGGUCGAUAUCGAUAGCGAUUCCCGGGAGCGUAAUUCUUAAUUGUCGUCGAGAUGAUCAACGAUACCCUGUCAUUGGACACUUAGCCCGAGCGCUCGCCGUCUUCGGCAUAGACGAAAUCGUAAUAUUCGACGACUCGCCCAUGGACAAACGCCCGCGCAAUGUCGACUCGUUGAACUACACCGGCGACACAGACCCAUGCGGCUACAUCGAACACCUUCUCAACUACCUCGAGAUACCCCCGUUCAUGCGCAAGACGCUCAUGCCACUACACCCAAAUUUGCGGGGUGCUGGUCUAUUGCCUAGUCUAGAUAUCCCAUCGCAUCCUCAUCCUUCUGAAUGGCUCCCAUACCGUGAAGGAGUGACCGCAGGGGAAGAUGGAGGGGGAACGCUUGUUGAUGUCGGCGGAAAAGAGCAGGUGUAUAUUGCCGAGAAGAUCUCGCCUAAUACGCGCAUCACGCUGCAAAUAGACGAGAAUGACCCCUCACAGGCAAAACCAGUGCAUCCCGAUGCACCGCGGACGGAAGGGGGAUACUAUUGGGGCUACUCCGUCCGACGGGCAAAUUCGCUCUCUGCCGUUUUUGAGGAAUGCAAGUACGACGGUGGCUACGAUAUGAGCAUCGGGACAUCAGAACGCGGUACACUGAUACCGGAUUCAUUUCCGGAGAAGAAGCAGAAGGAUGCUGCUAAGUUCAAGCACCUUAUCAUCAUCUUUGGAGGACCUAGGGGAAUCGAAUACGCUGCCGAGAACGACCCAGCGCUGCAAGAGAUGGGCAUCAUUCGAGGCAAGACCAAGGACUUGUUUGAUCACUGGAUCAACGUUUUGCCUGGCCAGAGUAGCAGGACGAUCCGGACGGACGAGGCAGUGUACAUUGGUCUUACUAGCCUGCGAAGGAUUUGGGACGGACGGUGAUGACCAAGGAAUUAUUAUAUCUGGUCUCACAAACUGAGAGCAACAUUCUAGCCUCUAAAUGGUCAGCAACUGACGCAGAUAGUAUUGCAGUAUUUUGAAAACGACUAAGUCGUCUCACCGGUGCUCAAAACAACUGGCCCAGGUGCAAGCGGCAUCAAACUAGGACGAAGUCCGAUGUCAUUCAAGUUGCUGGAUGAUACGAUUUCCAAGCAUGAAGUUUCGAUCGACAAACUAAAUGUUUGCAGUAGAAGCCGGUGCCAGUGUCUUGCCAAAUCAUAGACUUCUAUCAGUCCAACACAACUCGUUUUACCC